AUGGAGAAGAUGUCCGGAGCCACAGUCACUGAGGAGGCGUCGUGGCUUCUACUCAGCGAUUCAUCGUCUGACGACGAAGAAGCUCCGUACCAAAAUGCAAAUGAAGAGACCUUCUUUGAGAAGUACACAUCCUGUCGGUGGGUCACUGGUUACUUGUGUUGUUUAGUCCGUCUCGCUCUCUCAGCGCAACGACAAUGCAUGGGCAUGGCAGUUGUUGUCAUGACUAUGUCCCACACGGGACCGGAGGUGACGUCACGACAGUCUGUUGCAGGGAAUGACACAUCGUCUGACCAACUUUUAAAUAAUCAGACAUCAGAAUUCACCUGGACAUCAGAUUUCGAAGGUCUGAUUCUAUCAUCCUUCGACUUUGGUUUUUUGGCAUCGCCAAUCAUCGGUGGCUACAUUGCUGGGACUCAUGGCGGGAAGAAUGUCAUAACCGUCACCCUGGUCGUUGGUUCGAUAGUUACAAUAGCAACACCAGUAGCAGCACGAGCACUCCCAAUGUCUUUGGUGAUUGCCCGUGUCGCCGUCGGAUUCUGUAUGGGGCCAAUAGACCCGGCGACACAGUCCCUGUUGUCAAAGUGGGCUCCAAAUAUUGAGAAGGCGUCCCUCGCCUCUGCUGCUUACUCGGGUGCAAAUAUUGCCGGAGUUCUGACGUUCUUCAUCUCGGGAUAUCUCGGCGGCGUCUCCAUGGACAACGGAUGGCCUCUCAUCUUCUACGUGUUUGGUGGCUAUACCCUCCUGUGUGUGUUUCCGUGGGUGCUGUUUGUUUCCGAAUGCCCGAGGGAUCACCCCCACAUCACGGAGACAGAGCUUAAACUUAUCACCAGGGAUCAGACAGCAGGACAAAAGGACAGAGAGGCACAUGUUGAGGCCGCCAUGGUGGAAGAUGGUCACGUCACCGGCGUUCUGGGCCAUCUGCGUCGCCCGCAUCUGUCACGCCUGGGUGAUGUCAUGUAUCAUGUCCUACCUGCCAAAAUACAUGAAUCAGAUGCUCAAGUACGACAUUGA